AAUUCUAGGGCAUUGGCUAUUUUUCAAUAGUUCAUAUUCCUGUAGUGUUUAAUUUAUAGUUCCUUUGUCACGGACUAUUUCACAAGAUAUUUCAAAACUUCGUAUUUACUUUAUACCCCAAAUAUUCAUCACUUGUGACAAGUUGAGGAUUUAAACAGACUGGUGAGAAGUUGUCCACAGCUGGAACCGAAAAAAGGAAAUAACCAUGUCUGCUCCGAUAUCAAAUCAACCCCAACAAAUGCAAAUGGGCGUUGUACAACAAGGCGGCGGCCUCCCUCCUAGUCUACAAUAUCUGGCCGGUCUUGAUCAAAUUAUUGUCAAACAAAAAAUAGAGGCACUCGAAGUAUUGACUGGGUUUGAGACGAGAAAUAGAUAUGCUGUGUUAAAUAAUCAAGGUCAACAGAUAUUCUUUGUACAAGAAGAGUCGAGUUUAUGCGAGCGUUGUUUUUGUCCAAUGAACAGAGGUUUAACACUUCAUAUGACCGAUAACAAUAGUCAGGAGGUGAUGCAAUUCAGACGUGAAUUUAAGUUCUGCACGGGUUGUUGUUGGUGUGGUGAGGGGUGCUGUAACAUGCAGUUCACGGUUGAAUCUCCAGUGGGCAGACAAUUGGGUAGUGUUAGGACUGGAGAUUCUAAAUGCAAAGCUCACAUGAAAGUGUAUGAUGCCUCGGAUAAACAUAUGUUUACCCUGUGGGGACCAUGUUGUCCAUGCCAAUGUGUCUGUGGAUGUACUGAUGACAUCAACUUUCCUAUAACUGAUCCGUCAUUAACUACUCAAGUGGGUAAUGUUGCCAAGCAAUGGAGAGGUUGUUGUGUGGAUACAUUUACGGACGCUGAUCAGUUUUGCUUGACUUUUCCAGCAGACAUGACAGUUGAAUGUAAGGCGUUGUUGAUUGGAGCUCUUUUCUUGGCUGAGUUCUAUGUGUUUGAGCAACAGAAAAACAACAAUGGCGGAGGUGCUGGAUAUUAAUUGUGCAUGAUACUGUAUAACAACUGGACAUUGCGUGAUUCUUGCAGCAUACUUAUUGCUGCGAUAACAUUCUUUGCGUAAUUCACGCAUUAUACAAAGAAGUUUGCAUUGAAUAAAUUAACUUUCUUGUAGAAUAUCAACACAAGACUUUAACACUUGUAUAAUUAUUUAGCUCUAUUUGGAAUAGAUUAUGUGAUCUUUAUCUUUUACAUUGUCAUUGAUUUUAUUGAUAACCCUUUUAAACGAGAUAUAAUUUUGUAUAUACA